ACGGUGCUUAAACAAUUCUCUUCCAUACACAUCCACUUGAAACUAAAGUUGGAACUUUCAAAUAAACAAUAAUUCCACUUUCCACUUUCCACUUUCCACUUUCCACUUUCAACCUCACCAAUCACCAUUUUGCUUCCUAAAUCAUACUACUACACUACAGUCUACAUAUCCUACGCACCCCCCUUGUUUUCUUUUUUCCAGUAAUGGCGCAAGAUAGCAGUAUUUCCAUAGACAACCCAAAAAGCGGCUACUCCUCCAUCAACUCCACCUUCUACAGUAAACGCCCAUCAAUCCCCCUCCCUCCAAACACAUCCUUAGACAUAACAACCUUCAUCUCAUCUCGUCCUCACAAAUCCACUACAGCUUUCAUCGACGCCUCCAAUGGUCGCCAUCUGUCUUACUCUGACCUCUGGUCAUCCGUGGAUUCACUCUCCCACUCUCUCUCCUCCACGUGGAAUAUUCGUAAAGGCCACGUCAUCCUUAUACUUUCCCCAAACUCUCUUUCCUUCCCCAUCGUUUGUCUAUCCGUCAUGUCACUCGGCGCCGUCAUCACCACCGCCAACCCGCUAAACACGACCCGUGAAAUCAGAAAGCAAGUCUCAAACUCCGACCCGAAACUCGCCUUUGCUACACCCGAACUCGCACACAAACUCACUGGGUCGGGUGUCCGAGUUGUACUGCUUGGAGAGGGGGAUGGGAAAACGACGACGUUGGAGGAGAUGGUGAAGGAGGGAGGAGAGAGAAAGGAGAAGGAAGGAAUGAGAGUAAUGAGGGAUAGAGUGGAUCAAAACGACGCCGCUGCGUUGUUGUAUUCAUCGGGGACUACUGGGGAGAGUAAAGGGGUGAUUUCGUCUCAUCGGAAUAUGAUAGCUAUGGUUCAGGUUAUUAUUGGACGCUUUAGAUUAGAUGAUGAGUAUCAGAGGAGUGGUGGGUCCCUUAAUAAUGUAUUUAUUUGUACUGUUCCUAUGUUCCAUAUCUAUGGCCUCGUUGCCUUUGCUACAGGAUUACUAGCAGCAGGGGCUACCGUUGUCAUCUUGCCCAAAUUUGAAAUGCAUGAUUUGCUCCUAGCAAUUUCUAAGUACAAGGUUAGUUACUUUCCGCUGGUCCCUCCAAUUCUGGUGGCGAUGGUGCACAACGCAGAUCAAAUCAAGAAGAACUAUGAUUUGAGUUCAUUGAGACAUGUUUUGUCUGGAGGAGCACCAUUAGGAAAGGAAGUGAUAGAGGGAUUCAUGGAGAAGUUCCCAAAUGUUGUGAUCAUGCAAGGGUACGGGCUUACAGAGUCCACAGCAAUUGGGGCAUCAACGGACUGCUUAGAGGAGAGCCGGAAGUAUGGCACUGCUGGAUUGCUAUCACCAAGCACUGAGGCAAAGAUUGUUGACCCAGUGAGUGGAAAAUCCUUGGGGGUUAAUCAGACUGGUGAGCUUUGGCUCCGUGGCCCUACUGUUAUGAAAGGCUACUUUAAUAAUGAUGAGGCGACUGCUUCAACUCUCACUUCAGAUGGAUGGCUAAAAACAGGGGAUGUCUGCUAUAUUGACGAUGAUGGCUUCCUCUUUGUGAUUGAUAGACUCAAGGAGUUGAUCAAAUACAAGGGAUACCAGGUCCCCCCUGCUGAGUUAGAGGCAUUGCUGCUUACUCAUCCAGAAAUUGCAGAUGCUGCUGUUAUUCCGUUCCCUGAUGAGAAAGUUGGCCAAUUUCCAAUGGCAUAUGUGGUGAGGAAAGCUGGUUGUACCUUAUCAGAGAAUGAGGUCAUGAACUUUGUAGCAAAAGAGGUUGCUCCUUACAAGAAAAUCCGGAGAGUGGCAUUUAUAGAAUCCGUACCCAAGAAUGCAUCAGGGAAGAUUCUGCGGAAAGACCUAAUUAAAUUGGCUACUUCUUGUUCGAAACUAUGAGCCGGUUCUAUUUGAACCCAUUAGUGAACAGCUUCUAUAUGAUAACCAAAAUCUGUAACCAAUAAGCAAAGCUUGAUCAUUUAGAUUCAUUGUUAUUGGAAAGAUGAAGAAAUAACCCAGCAAAAUAUGGCAUUGUUGUGUCACCAUUGCGUGGGUGAUUUAACUGUAAUGUGCUUCUGUAUAGUUUGCUAUAGUGUGUAACUUUUUAGUGUUUGUAGAGGGUGAGAUGGGCAAAAUUUACCCAUCCUUGAAUAUCCAUAUUCAAGUGUUCUAUUAUGUGCUAAAACAGAUUCUACUUCA